UUUUCUUUCAGCUUUGUUUUUCUUCCAGAGAGGGCCAAAGGAAAGAAUUUGGGAAGACUAUUUGCAGUCGAUAGGAAUAGGAUCGUCUUCUUGUUCAACAAAGUUAUAGAAUUACACUGGACAAUACCUCUUCAGUGGAAGCCCGAGUCCAAGGUAGGGAGAGAGUCCAGCAUCAAUGAAGGCUAUAGUGGUGAGCGCUCCAGGUGGACCGGAGGUCCUCCAACUACAAGAAGUUGAAGACCCAGAGUUCAAAGACGAUGAGGUCCUAAUAAAAGUUGAGGCCACAGCGCUGAACCGAGCUGAUAUCCUUCAGAGGAAGGGCCUGUACCCACCACCCCCGGGUUCCAGCCCUUACCUGGGUCUUGAAUGUUCUGGAACCGUAGUGGCUGUUGGGAAACACGUCUCACGCUGGCAGGUCGGUGAUAAAGUGUGUGCUCUUCUUACUGGAGGAGGGUAUGCUGAGAAGGUGGCUGUUCCAGCUGGACAAGUACUUCCUGCCCCACCCGGUGUUUCUUUGAAGGAUGCUGCUAGUUUUCCUGAAGUUUCGUGCACUGUUUGGUCAACUGUUUUUAUGAUGAGCCGGCUAUCUGCUGGUGAAACAUUUUUGGUUCAUGGCGGAUCAAGUGGAAUUGGUACGUUUGCAAUUCAGAUAGCUAAAUACCUGGGAGCAAAGGUGUUUAUCACAGCUGGAAGUGAAGAAAAGUUAGUUUUUUGCAAGGAUCUUGGAGCUGAUGUGUGUAUCAAUUACAAGACAGAGGACUUUGUUGCGCGGGUGAAGGAAGAAACAGGUGGCCAAGGCGUGGAUGUCAUCCUGGAUAUCAUUGGGGCAAACUAUUUCCGUCGAAACCUUGACAGUUUAAGCUUUGAUGGGAGACUUUUUGUGAUCGCGACCAUGGGUGGUGCUGUAACAGAGCUAGAUCUUCGUGUUGUACUUUCAAAGCGCCUGACCAUCCAAGCAGCAGGUUUGAGAUACAGAAGUCCGGAAAACAAAGCAGCGAUUGUUAGGGAGGUGGAGAGCAAUGUGUGGCCUGCAAUCGCGUCUGGCAAGGUGAAACCGGUGGUUUACAAGUAUUUUCCGUUAUAUGAAGCGGCAGAGGCUCACCGGCUGAUGGAAAGUAGCAAGCAUAUCGGAAAGAUACUGCUUGUUCCGUGAUGAUAUGAAUGUUAGUCGCUUUAACGGAAUGGUUCGGAGUGUUCGGAGCUUGUGAGCAGCCCGGGUCCAGUAUAAUGCUUGGAUAUGCAUGUUCUGUGUGGCAAAUGUUUAAGUUGUAGUACUUUCGUAAAUACGAUAAAUAAAUCUGAGGUUAACGGAUUA